GAUGGAUCGUUGAAGAUCCCAUGAUCAGCCAAUCAGAUAUAUAUAUUUGUCGGAAAUUAAUUGGAAAGGUGGUUGAAUCAACAAUGCCAGUUCAUGUAGUUUUACAUUUUUCAGACCCAAUUGAUAAAACAUUUGAGUUUACAGAACCAGACACGCUAGAACUUGGAAGGUCUUCGGGUUUCAUUGAAAAUGCCACCUUAAGUAGAAAGCAAGCUUUAUUUGAAAUAAGGGAUGGACGAGUUUACGUUACCGCGCUCGGAUCCAAUGCAAUGAUGAAAGGAAGUAAGACAAUUCGAAAAAAUAACAAAAUAGAAAUAUUCGACGGAGAUACUUUAACAUUGAUGCAGAAAAAAUAUCCAUUUACAGUUACGAUAACUCAAACAGAACAAAAUGUUUCGGAUUUAGAUA